UCACGUCAUUCAAACGUAGCUCCACUUCCUGGUUGAAGCUGUCAAACUCUCGUCGGGCUACCAGACAGGCUAGGACAACCGAUGCCUCGUUCUCCGCCCUUCAUCGCCCUGAGCGACCGUUUAUCAAGCCCCAAACAAAGCAAUCUGGAAUAUGGCGUUCAGGAAGGCGCUCAAACGGACGGCUAUGAUCGGCGGCGGAGCCGUCGCUACCGUUUUUGGUCUGUCACAGCUCGUAGAGUAUAGGAAGAAGCAGAACGGAUCGGCUCGGUUAGCUCGCGUGGCGGCAGAAGCCGAGCUGAAGGCUCCCUUUCGCCACGAGCUUCCCUCAAGGCGGGCCCAGCUCGCCACGCUGAAAGACAAAGACUUUGACGUCCUGGUGAUUGGAGGCGGAGCCACGGGUGUGGGAUGUGCCUUAGAUGCUGUCACGCGCAACCUUCAGACUGCUCUCGUGGAAAGAGACGACUUCUCUUCCGGCACGAGUAGCCGGAGCACCAAACUCAUUCACGGCGGCGUUCGCUACCUCCAAAAGGCCAUCAUGAAACUCGACUACGAGCAGUACAUGAUGGUGAAAGAAGCCCUCCAUGAGCGAGCCAACCUUCUGGAGGUUGCUCCUCACCUGUCAGCGCCACUUCCAAUCAUGCUUCCUGUUUACAAAUGGUGGCAGCUUCCGUAUUAUUGGGCGGGCAUCAAGAUGUACGACCUGGUGGCCGGCGUUCAGUGCUUAAAGAGCAGUUACGUCCUCAGUAAGACCAAAGCCUUGGAGUUCUUUCCUAUGCUGAAGAAGGACAAGCUGGUGGGAGCCAUCGUCUAUUACGAUGGGCAACACAACGACGCCCGUAUGAACUUAGCCAUCGGCCUCACCGCAGCCCGCUACGGUGCCGCCAUGGCCAACUACACCGAGGUGGUUCACCUGCUGAAGAAAAAGGACCCGCAAACCGGAAGCGAGACGGUAUGCGGGGCACACUGCCGGGACCUUCUCACAGGCGAGGAAUUCGAUGUCAAAGCCAAAUGUGUCAUCAACGCCACCGGGCCCUUCACGGAUUCGGUGAGGAAGAUGGAUAACCAGGAAACCCAAAACAUCUGCCAGCCCAGUGCCGGCGUGCAUAUCGUCAUCCCGGGUUACUACAGCCCCGAUAACAUGGGCCUGUUGGACCCGGCCACAAGUGACGGCCGGGUUAUCUUCUUCCUGCCUUGGGAGAAGAUGACCAUCGCUGGAACCACAGACACUCCCACCACAGUGACAGCCCACCCCAUCCCUGGCGAGGACGACAUCAACUUCAUCCUGAAUGAGGUCCGCAACUACCUGAGCCCCGACGUGGAAGUGAGACGAGGCGACGUCUUGGCAGCGUGGAGCGGAAUCCGCCCUCUGGUGACGGACCCCGACUCCAAAGACACCCAGUCCAUCUGCCGUAACCACAUCGUCAGCAUCAGUGACAGCGGACUGGUCACCAUUGCGGGUGGCAAGUGGACCACCUACAGAUCCAUGGCUGAGGAGAGUCUGGACGCCGCCAUCAAAAGACAUGGCCUCCCAGCGGAGAAAUGCAAGACUGUGGGCCUGAUGUUGGAGGGCUCCAAAGACUGGACGCCAACACUUUACAUCCGUCUGGUGCAGGACUACGGCUUGGAGCAGGAAGUCGCACAGCAUUUGGCUUCCACGUAUGGAGGGAAGGCGUACGACGUGGCCAAGUUGGCCAUGGUCACAGGACAAAGAUGGCCGAUAGUUGGGAAAAGGCUGGUGUCGGAGUUCCCCUACAUCGAGGCUGAGGUGCUGUACGCCAUCAAGGAAUACGCCUGUACCGCCAUUGACCUCAUCGCCCGGCGGACACGACUGGGCUUCCUGAAUGUGCAGGCGGCCGACGAGGCCCUCCCGCGCAUUGUGCAGAUCAUGGCCAAGGAGUUGGGCUGGAGCCAAGAGCGCAAGACGGCCGAGCUGGAAGCAGCUAAGAAGUUCUUGUACCAAGAGAUGGGCUACCGAUCCCGCUCGGAGCAGUUGACCAAGACAUCCGAAAUGACCCUGGACAACCAGGAAGUAACCAGGUACAAGAAGCGAUUUCAAAUGUUUGAUAAAGAUCGUAAAGGAUUCAUCACCACGCUUGAUGUCCAGCAAGUCCUCGACAGUAUCAGUGUCCACAUCGACGAGAACGCCCUCCAUGAAAUUCUGAACGAGGUGGACGUCAACAAGAACGGACAGAUCGAAUUAGGUGAAUUCCUCCAGUUGAUGAGCGCCGUCAAGAAGGGCCACGUGUCCGACAGCCGCCUGGCCAUUUUGAUGAAGUCGGCCGAGGAAACGUUGGAUAUGAGGGGCCCCGUGACGGUGGACCGAAGCGGAGGCGGAGUCUAAGCCCGAGCCCGGGCCUGGUGGGGCUCUCCUGUCAACAACCUCAUUUGAAUGACAAUGCAAUCACGUUGUUCCUCCCUGUGUUUGGCCUGGAACGCAAUCCAAUGAUUGAGGUUUGUUUUCAUGGGCUGCAACUUGAUUGGUUCUUCUCAGCAUCAGGUGCCUCCUACGUUUCAUAGCGGACAAUGUGACAAUUUAUAGCAUCUUUUUUUUUUUUUUUUUUAAUCAAAUCUUUGAAAUUUCUACCUUUAUAAUACCUUUUUUUUUUUUUUUUAACUCAGCACUGAUUGCUGUCAAUUCUGCUCUUCUUCUGGGAACGGAAUCUCGUGCUUUAUUGUAUUGUUCACAAUGUCUUCUUCUUGGCCUGCAACAUUUGUACAUUUGCAAAGACGCUGAUUAUGACGAAUUAUUAGCCGACACUCCUAAAACGUCUUGGACAAAAAUAACCCAAAUUAGAUGAAAUAGCUCACCCAGCGCUAGCUGUGGCUAAAAGGUGCAAAUCCAAAGCUGGCUUCAUAACACCUAAUGCAAUUUUUUAAGAGGGAAAAGCAACUUUUCCCUUUCAGUAAAAUCCAAUCUGCUGGGUUAAAAUAAUUAAGCCAACCUCGCACUAGUGACCCAAUUUGCUCAAAGACUGCAUGCUAGCAAGCCUGCUAGCAAACAUGCUAGCAAGCAUUUUUUCAGCGUGUCCAUUUUUCAGGUGUAUGCAUCUCUUUCUCCCAACGAGAACUUUUUCCCCAUUGAAAGUGUAUUUUGUGCUCAAGUGCGGUUUCACGUAUCAAAGUUUGUACACGCAUUCUAGAACGUGAAACCGUCGUUCUACUGUAGAACUCAAGUUAACUGUCCAGAGGCCGUGCCAAUCCGCAGACGUGCAAAUAUAUCUCUGAUUGUUUCAAGCACUUCACCGCCGAUUUGCAGCCAACUUUUUAUGCAAGCGAGACUUUUUAGGAAGUUGAAGGUGGUCAACUUGUUCAACAUUAGCCACAGCAACUGCAAACUCCCACUGACACUCAUGUUUACAGGUUGUGAGCUUUAGCCGUACUCUUUCUGCUCUUAUUUAAAAUUAUUUAUAUAGAUAUGUCAUAUAUAUUUUUUAUUAGACAUUUAAAGUUAAAGAGAAAUUUACCAAGUUGUAAUGGAAAUAUUUACGUUGAUUGCAAAACAGGGUUUUAAAAGGGAUUCUAUAUUUUUUAUGACUUAGUAAAAAAUGCAUGCUGAAGUAUUGUGUUCUAUUUUUGAAGUUGUAUUUCCGUGUGAAAGGGGAAGUCUGCGUUAAUCCCGUGAACGAGUUGCAACAUUUCAACAAGUCGGAGCACACUCAAUGUUUUGUUAAAGGAAUGUUGGAUGCGUGCCUUCUCAGGUUGAGGCAAAGCCACCGCCAGAUACUGACUACCACGUCAUUGGACUAUUUUUUUCUUUUUACAAGGGCUAAACUGAGCUUGAAGGUGUUCCUCAAGUUUCUCCUGCAGAAGCUCCCAAGUGACUUGAAUGCAUAUUCUUGGAAUCUCACGUCAACACGUGCCUCCGUUUUUAUCGUGACCCCUCCCGUCAAGCGAGCUGUGCGUUUUUAAUAUGUCGUCACUUUGUUUUUUUUUUGUCUUCCAUAUUUUGACAGCGAAGAUCGUCAAACCGCCAAUGUUGCCUGUCAUCGAUCGCUCAUUGCAAAACUGUCUUAAAUUGCCAUGUUUGAUCGUCUCCUUUGGGAUGAAAUUACAGCUUUAUCUAUAGGCUCAAAGAGAAUCAUGUUCUGAUUUUUCUUUCCCACCUGGACUGUAUGAAUACUUUUGAGCCAGUAUUCUAAAGAAACAAGGCAAUUAUCAAAUUAAAUGUAUCUUGUUGCUCUAUAA